UUGGUUUUAUAGCAAUGAGGAACAAGGUGAUGAGACGGCAGACCACUUUUGUCUUUCAUUAUACAUCCCAUCCAUGGAGCAGGAGCAGGGUUCUCAUUUGGAUGCUUUGCUUUUUACGUCAGUUCAAGAGUUCUAUAGAGAAGUCCGAUUACAUGGCACUACGCUUGGGUUUCAUCACUAACCACAAUCUGCCACUUUCCUAUGAUUUUCAUAAAUACAUAGUCCGGAGCAUGGAGGAUGAGUUUCAUGGGAUAGUAGGUAUCAGCUGGCCUCUGUGGGGUUAUACUAUACUGUCCAUCUUCGUAAAUAUACACGGGCUUAAUAUAUACUUCUGGCUUUCCUUUAUCCCUGUUAUUCUGGUAAUGUUGGUGGGCACAAAACUCCAACAUGUGGUCUCCCUACUAGCUCUUGAAAUUUCUGAAUCAACGGGUCCUGCUGCCACAGUACAAGUGAAGCCACAUGAUGAUCUCUUUUGGUUUCAAAAACCUGAUAUUCUGUUAUGGUUGAUACACUUUAUCUCCUUUCAGAAUGCGUUUGAAAUGGCAACUUUUAUCUGGUCCUUGUGGGGGUUCAAGCAAAGGUCAUGCUUCAUGAAGAACCAUGUUAUGAUUGCCAUCCGCCUAGCCUCUGGGCUACUUGUUCAGUUUUGGUGUAGCUCUUAUACAGUUCCUCUAAAUGUGAUCGUCACUCAGAUGGGAUCCAAGUUUAAGAAAACCUUGAUUGCAGAGGGUGUUAGAGAGUCACUCCAUAGUUGGUGUAAAAGAGUGAAAGAGAGGUCUAAACAUUCACAUCCUGGGAUGACAUGUUCUCUUGAUGCAACAAUAGAGGAGAGGAAUGAAAUAAUUACAGUUGGUUCAGGCACUUUAUCUCGUUGCUCUUCCACAGCUUCAGUGAAUCAGGAGAUCACAGAAUGCACAGAAAAACAAGUGACGGUUGAGAUAUUUGAUGAUCCCCAAUGUGAUCAUUCCUCUUCAUCUGAAUCACCAAGUGAAAGAUUGUUCCGACUUCCUACUGACAGCCCAGAACAAAAUGCAGUGAAUGAAGACUCCAAAGCUAAAACUCUUCUUGAUUUAUUUCGAAGAACAAGAAGUAUUGGACCACAUUGAGUUGUUUCCAUUCCUUGGGUUAGAGGGAUAACUAUAUGGACAACAGCCACAUAGUUUAGAUGUAACAAUUUCAGACCUCAGUUCUAACAUAUCUUGUAAAUUUAGAUUUUCUAGCUGGAUAA